GUCGUUCACGCCCUUCGCCACAAUUGCCACAAUCCUUCAAUCAAAAGCUUCCCGCCCACAAUCCCUUCAAACAUAAUAGGAUAGUAACUUGAAAUAAGACAACAGCAGCGUUCAAGGUGGGCUAAGGAGUAAGGGCGCGAUGAAGGCUCGAACCAGUGGCGCCGCGAAGGCCACGCCCACGCAGAUUGCGCAGGGCUCGAAGGCGCGGGAUGACCACGAGCAGGACCAGGCUGGCCAAGGGCACGAGCCGAGCGCCAAGCGACAGCGUGUCGCCAAGCCGCCGCUGCCGCCGCGCAGCACCCGUGCGACGCGUGCGAAGCAGGGCAGCGGCGGCAGCGCUGCAGGCUUGAAGGAGGAGCCGGCGGGGCAGGGCGACACGGUCGAGCUGAAGCAGGAGGACCAGGUCGCUGACGGUGGUGGCAGCGGCGGCGGCGCCGGGGCUACCGCUCCUGACCUCGCAGGUGCUCACGCGUCUGCUGGCGCACCGCCCAUGUCUGAUUUGGACCGGCAGCGCGCCGAGCUGAUGGAGCGCAACAGGCGCAUGCUGCUGUCACUGAACCUACCUGGGCUUGUGGCGGAGACGGCAGCGGCAGCGGUGGCGGGUAAAGCGAGCUCUAGCAGCGGCGAUGGCGGUGGCGGCGCUGCCAAGAGCAAGCCUAGCCAGCGGGGAGUGGCCAAGCGUUCACGCGAGGGCGCAGCAGAGCCGGCGCCGCGGCGUGUGUCGCUGCGGCAGCGCGGCGUGUCUGCUGACCCGGCCUUGGCUGCGGGGGUGGAUUCGGAGACGCCGGGCGGCGGGCUGGUGCUGGCGGCGGGGCAGCGGGCGCUGGCGGCGGCCACGGGUCGCGCCGGGGCGGAGGAGCCGGAGGAGCCCAAGGGCCGCCACCCGCGGGGCCGACUGCCGUUCCGCAGCGAGAACGGCAAGCCCGACAGCGACGCCGCCUUCCUGCAGGUGCUGGCAGCCGGUGCGGAGGCAGCCCAGGCAGGCUCCGGGGCUGAGGCCGAGGCGCCGGGGCGGAACGGCGCCGGCGGUGAGGCGGUGUCGAAAUUCGGGCUGGUGGAGAAGGAUGUGGCCAAGGUGACCAAGGACGGUGUGACUCACCUGGUGUGGCUCCCCAGCGGCGGCGCCGACGAGCGACUGCUGCUGGCGGCGGCGGACAAGGGCGGCCGCGUGUCCAUGUGGGACGUUGAUGGAGACGAGUCAGGACCAGCGGCAGAGACAGAUGGCGUACUCAUGUUUGCGCCGCACGGCGAGUACGUUAGCGGCAUGCGGUGGCUGGGCCGGGAGGCGGCGGUGGGCGCCAACCGCCUCGUCACUGCCUCCUACGACGGCUCCCUGCGCGCAUUGGACCUUGGUGACGGCGGCCGCUGGCUGCAGCUGCCGGCGCCCGGCAAGCCCGAGGACGCCGAGUGGUCGGCGCUGGAGGUCGCGGCGGACGGGCGCACUGCCUACCUGGGUGACCCCAUGGGCUUCUUCGAGCUGGUGGACUUGAGGGACAAGCCACGACCGGUGGCCGCCAGCGGCGGCGCGGACGCAAAGGCAUCAGGCGCUGUGGAGGCGGAGGGCGCGGCGGCGGCUGAUGGCGGCAAGGACCAGUCCAAGCCGCGGGUGCUGGGUGCGGAGGAGCUGGCGGGGCCGGUGGGCAACCUCAUGAUCUGCAGCAGGAAAAUCAACUCGCUGCACCUGGAGCCCUCGGGCGCGCCGCUGCUGGCGACCAGCUGCUCCGACGGCAGUGUGGGUGUGUGGGACAUCCGAAUGCUGGAGCGGGGCGUUGCGGGCGUGGUGGCUGCGGCCAAGGCAGGCGGCAGCGGCGGGUCCAUCGGCGCCAAGACCAAGCCGCUAAGCCUGCUGCAACACGCCAAGAGCUGCCACGCCGCGUACUGGGCACCGAACGGGUCCAAGCGCUUGCUAUCCACGUCAUAUGACGACACUCUGCGGGUGUGGGGCGACCCCACCGCCGCCGGUGCCGCCGCGGACGGCGGCUGCUUCAGCCAGCUCCUGUCCAUCUCACACAACAACCAGACUGGGCGCUGGAUAACACCGUUCAGGGCAGUGUGGAGUGCUGUAUCGGACGCGGUAUUAGUGGGCUCCAUGAAGCGGGGGCUUGAUGUCUUCACGGCACCUUCGCCGCCAGCGGCGCACCUGGGAGCCGGCGGCGCCAAGUCGCCAGCCCGCGGCAAGAAGCCACCCGUAGUGGCAGGCUCCGCUGACCCAGCAGGCGGCCAGCUGCUCGCUACGCUGUCCAGUGAGUACAUGACAGCCAUCCCCAGCCGCGCCGCGCCGCACCCACACCUGCCCGUGGUGGCGGCGGCAACCAGCAGCGGCCGCUGCCACAUCUGGCGUUGAGCAUACGAUGCUGCCUCGGACGGAGGUGGGCAAAUGGGUGACUACACUGCGAAGAAUUGAAAGUGUGUAUUUUGCAGGGGAACAUACCCUGUGCGCGCCCGUGUGUGUAUUAUGUAUGCGAUGGGACAGACUAAGGGGCAGGUUGGCGUAAUCCAGUAGUGUGCAGCGUAUUCCCAGACCCCCACAAUUACUUCACGACGUCAAGGCAAGAGCGCGCGGUUGGCAUUUCAACGCCAGAGAUAUUGUACCGAGACACAGCUGACUCGCUGGCAGGCAGGUAUUUUGCUGACGCGCAUUGCUCACGCUCCGGGCGCCUGGUCAUGCGACAGCAACACACACACACACACACACACACACACACACACACACACACACACACACACACACACACGCACUCACACACACACACAUAUGGCGCAACGCCACACUCGUGAAGCAGAGUCGCAGCGCACCUGCAGGCAGGCGACCAGCGGCCACGGAUGAGCGCUGAAGAGGACCCAGAGGGAAUGCACAUACCGUAGAGUGCAGCGGACAGUGGCUGGGCGACAGUGUGACGGGCAGGGGCAAGAACAGGGCCCGGCAAGGCAGGGGAGGGAGCCCGAAAUGUACGGCUGAGUGGUGGGCGAGUCGAGCACGAGUGUGAGACAAACACAACCGCAUUGUCGGGUCGGAAUUAGGAAGGCCGUGACUGUCGUCCGGGGUCAAGCUGAAUCUCGCGCCCUAUGGAGUAUGGACCGAGUACGUUUGUGGUAUGUACGUUACAGCGCAUAAGCCAUCAUUGAAAUGCGGAGUGUAUGUUUGUAGCAGGAACGCUGGGAAAUGACAUGAUGACUAGCCACAGCCAGCCAGAGACUGCGCAGGAGCUUUUGUAGGCUUUGGAAGGUUUCCCACCCAAACAUGUGUGUGUUAAAAAAAAACGAAACGAAAG